AUGCUACGAAUAAAUAAUCGAUUACUGUCUCUAAGUUCACCUCGAAUCUUGGCUGCCGUUGGUUUAAUCUCACGAAAAGAACAAAAAUCUCAUUCAACUUUAACUUUACAAAAUCUCAAUCCGCUUGUCAAAGAAGUUGAAUAUGCCGUUCGAGGUCCAAUCGUUAUUCGCGCUGGAGAAAUCGAAAAACAAUUGAAGGGUACUCAUAAAUUUCCGUUUGACCGUGUUAUUCGAGCUAAUAUUGGCGAUUGUCAUGCAAGCGGCAAUCAAGUACCAUUGACAUACAUUCGACAGUUCGUAGCUGGUUGUACUUAUCCUGAAUUGUUGAAAUCGCCGAAUUUCCCAUCAGAUAUAAAAGAAAAAGUCGAGCGUUUAUUGUCUGUAUGUGGCGGAAAAAGUCUUGGUUCGUAUACCGAAAGUCAAGGUAUUAUAACUAUACGUCAAGAUAUUGCAAAUUACAUUCAACAACGUGAUGGUUAUCCAUCAGAUUCGAACAAUAUUUAUCUUUGUAAUGGAGCGUCAGAUGGCAUCAAAACUGUUAUCAAACUUUUAAUGAAUAAUAAUCAAAAGAAGCCAUCGGGAAUCAUGAUUCCUGUUCCUCAAUAUCCAUUGUAUAGUGCUACCUUAUCGGAAUAUGGAGCUCAUCCAAUUGAAUAUUAUCUUGAUGAAGACAAUAAUUGGGCGUUGAAUAUCGAUGAACUUGAACGUUCAAUAAAUCAAUCGAAAGAACGAUGUGAACCGCGUGGUAUUGUAAUUAUCAACCCGGGAAAUCCUACGGGUCAAGUACUUUCACGUGAAAACAUUGAAAAUGUACUUCGUUUCGCCCAUAAACAUCAAUUAUUUGUUAUGGCUGAUGAAGUCUAUCAAGAAAAUGUAUAUUUAUCAGGCUCAAAAUUUUUUUCAUUUAAAAAAGUACUGAUGGAUCUCGGCGCUCCAUUUAAUCAAAUGGAAUUAGCUUCAUUUCAUUCAGCAUCGAAAGGUUGGCAUGGAGAAUGUGGUUCUCGGGGUGGCUAUUAUGAAUUAAUUAAUAUUGACAAAGAUGUAAAAGUGCAAAUUAAUAAACUUAUAUCAGCAUGUCUAUGCUCUACCGCUUGGGGCCAAGCUGUUAUGGGCGCCAUUGUCAAUCCACCGAAGGAAGGAGAGCCUUCCUAUGAACUUUAUAAGCAAGAACGUUCAGCUGUUUUCAAUCGAUUGAAAGAAAAAGCCGAUCUUGUCAGUCGAUUAUUUAAUUCAGUCGAAGGUGUACAAUGUAAUACUGUUAUGGGCGCAAUGUAUGCCUUUCCACGCAUUGAAAUUCCUAAGAAAGCAAUUGAACAUGCAAAAUCAAAAAAUAUGGCUCCCGAUGCUUUUUAUUGCUUUCAAUUGUUAGAAAAAACAGGAAUAUGUGUCGUUCCAGGAAGCGGUUUCAAACAACGGCCAGACACAUAUCAUUUACGUACAACGAUUUUACCUCCGAUUGAUCAAAUGAAAGACAUGGUUGAGAAAUUUCGUACAUUUCAUAUGUCAUUUUUACGUGAAUGGAAAUAG